AAUCGUUGAGGCGUUGUGUAAAGUUGAUGGUAGUUUGCCUACGAUCUCGCUUUUGGUCGCGAUCUCGCUUUUAGCUACGAUCUAGCUUGUUUACUCACUCGAUACUUGGCCCCGCGACAACAUUCAGAUCGAACAAGAACAACAACUACCACUACCACCACCAUCUUCACCAAAAGCUUCAGCAGCUCCAAGACCACUCACAACUACACAAACUCUCUCGAUACCAUUGUACGAGCUACCAACAAUGCCUUCCCAACAGAGAUUCCUUCUGCUCGCGCAGCUCUUCCUCCGUGCCGUCUCCGUCCUCCUUUCCCUCGCAGCAAUUUCGCUCGGGGUUGCCUUCGUUGCCCUGGGCCAACCGGCUCAGGUUGUUGUCUUUGCUCUGUCCUCCGCCACCUUCCUCAUCUCCUCCAUGGAGCUUCGCGUGCUCCUCCUCCACUUCGCUGGCCUCCCGACCCCUCGCUUCCCGCCCGCAAUGUUCGUCGCCUGCGACGUCAUUGCCGUUCUGUCCGCCGUCGGUGCUGGUGGGGCUCUCAUUGCCCAGGGUGUUGGUCCUUUGGAGGGAGUUCGGUACGGGGAGAUUUGGGUUGUUGUUUUGCUGGUCAUAGUACAUUUCUUCUGUCUGCUCUUCGACUCCUUCGAGUAUUGCGCCUGGCGCGCCCGUCUCCGGGAGGAGCGGGACGACAAUCACGAUCCGUAUUUCUGAGGGGGAGUUUACUGGGCUUUGCUUUUCCGUUCGGAGUUGGGAGAUUAUGUUUGAGAUACCCCUUUGCUUUGCUGGCUCUUCUUGAGC